AUGCCGAAGACAUGCUGUAUUAAGGAUGGGCACGAUGUUCGAGUCGAGCAUGAGUUCGAAUUGAACAUCGAUAUAAAAUACAUGGCAGAGAACCUGCGUCAUGUCUGCAUGCGUGAGACCCCCAUGCACAUGUGCAGACUUACCACAGGUCCAAAAUACAUGGCAGAGAACUGCAAAAAAAAAGAGGUGGACAACGGGUUGGUUGACCAGUACAGAAGGAACGGCCAGCAGAACCUGGACGGCAAGGCUCUGGAGGAGCCGGCCGUGCUGUCGCCGCUGUCCUCCGACUCGGAGGCCGGGGAGCGAAACUCCUGCAGCGAAGGCGACGAGUGCUGCAUCGUCAGCGUGGGGACUCAGCCUUCCCGCACGGACCGCUCCCUGCAGACGCUGGAGUCGGUGCAGCAGGAACUGAGGGUGGUGAACGAGCGGGCCGACCGGGCCCUGCUCCAGCUCAAGAGACGCUACGGGCAGCUGCGGAAGCCGCACAUCCAGAAACGCAACGCCAUCAUACGCACCAUCCCCGGAUUUUGGGUCACUGCUUUUCUAAAUCAUCCUCAGCUGUCUGCUAUGAUUAACGAUCGUGACGAGGACACACUGAGUUACAUGAAUAACUUACAGGUGGAAGACGUCACGCACUUGAAGUCAAGUUGUAAAAUCAAAUUCUAUUUCAACUCCAACCCUUAUUUCAAGAACGACGUGGUCAUCAAGGAGUUCCAGUAUGGCACCUCUGGGCGCCUCACUUCCCACUCCACUCCCAUCCGAUGGUGGCGGGGACAAAACUCAGACUCGUACCAUGGUAAAUCUGGCAACUCCACGCCUAGUUUUUUCAGCUGGUUCAAUGAUCACAGCUUCCCAGCAGCUGACCGCAUAGCAACGAUCAUCAAAGAAGAUCUCUGGCCAAAUCCUUUACAAUAUUACCUAAUCGGGGACGGUGAAAGCGAUGACCAUGCAGCGGAGGACAGUGACCCGGACAACACAGAUGACUGUGUGGUCAUAGUGGAUGAUGAUGAUGACGAUGACGACAAUGAGGAUGAUGAAGCGGAGGACGACGAGGGCGAUGAAGAAGAUGAAAAUGAAGUGCAUGAAAUUUCCGACAACACCGAAAAGCAAGCCGAAGGUACCGAAAAUGAUGAUGAGGAGGAUGAGGAAGUAGAGGAAGAGUCUGUACCUGAAGACAUGGUGGAGUCCACCAUGGAAGAAGAGUCCGAAAACAUUGUGGUGGAUGAAGACUCUGCAGAGGAGGAGGAGGAGGAGUCGUCGGCUUCGUCAUCGUCUUCAGAAGAAGGAGACUCUGAGUAGGAGAAAGAUGACGACAUCUAGCGGAUAUUAGGAGGUGCAGGGAAGGCCGCAUCACCCCCCCCCCCCUUUCCCCCCAACUAGAAGGCGAGGUGCACUGCAGGGAGAGAAAGGUGUUCUGGAAACGCAGUGAGUGCAACUGUCAUAGGAAUAUAGAACCGUGAUGGGGCUUCCUUCUCCCAGCUCCACAUCCAGUCAGGGACAGCCCCGAUGUUAAGCUUUUUCUAGAUCAUAGAGUCUUUUGAUUCUACCCAUU